AUGACAGAGCCAAGGAGUAGCAAUGGAGGAAGAGAUGUUGUUAUCAAUGUUUCAGGUGAGGAAGCAUCAAAGGUUUCUUCAAAGAUGGCUUCACCAGAAUCUGAGAAAGCAAUACCCAUCAAUAAAACCUCCUCUCCUGAAAUCUCUAAGCUUGUUGGUAGUCCUAACAAGCCUCCUAGAUCUCCAAAUCCAAGCUAUGAUGGUCUAACUCAAAGAAAAUCUUUUGCAAGGUCGGUUUACUCCAAACCCAAGUCCCGGUUUGUGGAACCAUCUCUUCCUGUAGACACAAGUACACUAGAGGAGGAAGUCAAGGAACAACUUGGUGCUCGUUUCUCUUUCAGUAGAGCUUCUCCAAACAACAGAUCAACAAGGAGUGUUGGCUCAACAACACCGUUAACACCAAGCAAAGCUGUUGAGGCUGAGAAAGAUGAAGAUGAAGAAAUCUACAAGAAGGUGAAGCUGAGCAAAGAGAUGCGCAGAAAGAUAAGUGCAUUGGCCUUGUUAGAGCUAGCUUUCUUUGUGGUGAUUUUAAGCUCUUUGGUUGCUAGUUUAACCAUUGAUGUUGUGAAACGUCGUAACAUAUGGGGGCUACAAGUGUGGAAAUGGUGUGUGCUUGUGAUGGUUAUCUUCAGUGGAAUGCUGGUGACGAAUUGGUUCAUGCGUGUGGUUGUGUUCCUCAUAGAAACAAACUUUCUUUUGAGGAGGAAAGUGUUGUACUUCGUGCAUGGCUUGAAGAAGAGCGUCCAAGUCUUUAUAUGGCUUAGCUUGAUACUCAUUGCUUGGGUGUUUCUCUUCAACCACGACGUGGAUCGGUCCCAUGCAGCCACAAAGAUCCUCAACGCUAUAACCAGAACACUUAUCUCCCUUCUCACAGGAUCAUUCCUUUGGCUGGUGAAAACACUCUUGUUAAAGAUCCUAGCAGCGAGUUUCAACGUUGUUAACUUCUUUGAUAGGAUUCAAGAUUCUGUUUUCCACCAGUACGUUCUGCAAACUCUCUCUGGCCCUCCGCUUAUCGAGGAGGCAGAGAGGGUGGGGCGUGAGCCAAGAACAGGGCAUUUGAGUUUCGCAAGCGUGGUGAAAAAAGGAGAGGUUAAAGAGAGGAAAGUGAUUGAUAUGGGGAAAGUUCACAAGAUGAAGCGAGAGAAAGUUUCUGCGUGGACAAUGAAGGUUUUAGUGGAAGCUGUUAGAACUUCAGGUCUGUCUACAAUCUCUGACACGUUGGAUGAACAAGCACAUGGAGAUGGGAAAGAGCAAGCUGAUAGAGGUGAGAUUACUAGUGAGAUGGAGGCUUUGGCUGCUGCUUAUCAUGUCUUUAGAAAUGUUGCUCAGCCUUGCUUCAGUUACAUAGAGGAAGAAGAUUUGCUUAGGUUCAUGAUUAAAGAAGAGGUUGAUCUUGUGUUUCCUUUGUUUGACGGUGCUGCUGAGACCGGGAGAAUCACCAGAAAAGCUUUCACAGAAUGGGUGGUUAAGGUGUACACUAGCAGGAAAGCUCUAGCACAUUCCUUAAACGACACGAAAACAGCGGUCAAGCAGUUAAACAAACUUGUGACAGCGAUCUUGAUAGUGAUUACUGUAGUCAUCUGGCUGCUGCUUUUAGAAGUAGCAACCACUAAGGUUUUGCUGUUCUUCUCCACUCAACUAGUGGCACUAGCUUUUAUAAUCGGAAGCACUUGCAAGAAUCUCUUUGAAUCCAUUGUGUUUGUCUUCGUUAUGCAUCCGUAUGAUGUUGGUGAUCGCUGCGUUGUCGACGGUGUCCCGAUGCUGGUUGAAGAAAUGAAUCUGUUAUCGACUGUGUUCUUGAAGCUUGACAACGAGAAAGUGUAUUAUCCCAACUCUGUUUUGGCCACUAAACCGAUAAGUAAUUACUUCAGAAGUCCAGAUAUGGGAGAGACAGUGGAGUUCUCUAUAUCAUUUUCAACACCAGUCUCAAAGAUUGCACAUCUCAAAGAAAGAAUCGCUGCUUACUUGGAGCAGAAUCCGCAGCAUUGGUCACCGAUACACACGGUGGUGGUUAAGCAAAUAGAGGACAUGAACAAGCUGAAGAUGGCUCUAUACAGCAACCACACUAUCACGUUUCAGGAAUACAGAGAGAGGAAUAUUAGAAGAACUGAACAGACUUUGGCUAUUAAGAAAAUGUUGGAGGAUCUUCACAUUGAUUACACUCUCCUUCCUCAACAAGUUCAUCUCACCAAGCUAGACAAAAAUUGA